AUGAUAGCGGAUUUAGAGGAAGAGAUGGGUAAGGUUAAGUGGGGGGUGGUGAAGGUAGCAGGGGAGAUAGUGUAUGGAUUGGCGUAUGCGGAUGAUAUAGUGCUGUUGGCGGAGGAUGAAGGGAGUAUGAGAAGUUUGUUAGAGAAGCUGGAGGGAUAUGUGGAUAGGAAGGGGCUGGAGUUGAAUAUAGAUAAGAUAAAAAAUAAUGAGAGGAAUGGGGGGCAGGAGGAGCAUGUAAAGGAGAGAGUGGCGAGGGCGAUGGUGGUGAUGGGACAGGUGUGGUGGAUAGGGAAGAGGAGGUUUGAAAAGGAUUGGAAAAGAAGGGUAUGGUUAUUUGAUAAGCUGAUUUGGGCGAUGGUGAGCUAUGGGGUGGAAAUUUGGGGAUGGAAAGAGAGAGAAGCAGUUGAGAGUUUACAGGAAAGAUAUUUAAGGUGGGUGUUAGGGGUAGAGAGGACGCCAGGAUAUUUGGUGAGGGAAGAAUUACAAAGGGAAUAG